AUGAUUUCACAUCCUCUUCCUGAAAGAGUAUUAUAAACACCUUUACAUCAAUUGCCUUAUAUAGUUAGUCAAAUCAAUAGUCAAAUUCAUAAAACAUCACAUGAUAUGACUAAAUAUUUAGAAGAAAAUAUUCAUGUAUGCAUGGAAUAGCAUAAUAAGAAAAUUUAACUACGUAAAUAAAUCUAUAAUACAAAUGAUUAAUAUAAAAUUUUGGAAAAUAUUGGAGCCUAAUUAUUAAUAGCAAUUGCCAAUUUAAAGAGAGAAUCUAUUCCAUAAGAUAAUUAACCUCAAGAUUGUGAGGAAAAAUUAAUGAAUGCAAUUAAAAAUUAAAACUAUGAUGAAAUGAUUAAAAUUUUUUAAAUUAUCAAAGAUGAAGCUCUUUUAAUUAAGUGUGCAAAAAUUGCUGCAAAUUUAUUAGCCACACCAACCAAAAAUUUAAAAAAUAAAAUCAAAUAAUUUCUUGAACUUAUUGCUAAUCAUCCACUUAUUCCAUCUAAUAUAAAAGAUGAAAUUAUUGAAGUUUGUAUAAAAGUUUGCUUAUAAAAAUGUUUUAAAAUGUAUUUUCAAUAAAAUGUAUGGAAUACUAAUAAAAAUUAAGCCACCUAUUACUCAGAUAUUAUACAACUUUAUUAAAAAAGGUAUAAAUAUAUUAUCAUCUAGUUUUAAUUGCACUUUUAAACUUUUAUCAGUAUUUAAUUUACCAAACUAUCAUUAAGCACAUAUAGCUAAUAAUAUUUUUCAAAAGUUUAACUAAAAUGUAUUAAAUCAUCUAGUUACCCAUAACAACAGAGAGAAAUCUAUUUCUGUCAUUUUAAAUUUUAAAGAAGUUUAACCAAAUAAUUUAUUUUAUCAUUUGACUAACAUUUAUUGUAAAAAUCAAUUAAUUCCUAUUUUGAAAUAAGAAUUACAAAAGAAAACUUAAUUGCUUAUAAUCAGAAAUCUUUAAGUAAAAUAAGAUUAAUAACUUUUCACAAUUUUUAAUAAAAAAGACCCUUAAUUGAUUUUAGAAUGGUGCAAACAGAAUAAAUAAAUUAAUUAUAAUUUUAAUUUAUUUUAAGCUUUAUUUGAUAGCGAAAUUUAAUUAUCAAUUGAUAUGUUUAUGUGA